AUGAGGUUAAGAGAGCUGUCUGCUGUUUUGGACUGUCUCAAUAAGGGGGUUGAUUUUUCUGAAAUCAACUCUACCUUAAUCGUUUUAAUCCCAAAAAAGAGUGCUUUUGUGUCUGGUCGUAUUAUUUAUGAUAAUAUUAUUCUAGCUAAUGAGUUAGUCCAUAAUAUAACUUAUAGGAAAGUAGGGAAAAGGGGUUGGUCUGCACUUAAGCUUGAUAUGGCUAAGGCUUUCGAUAGGGUUGAAUGGGAUUUUUUAAGGAAAGUUAUGUUUCAUCUUAACUUCCCUGUCAAUUUUGUUUCUCUUAUCUUUAAGUGUUUAUCCUCUGCUACUAUUUCUUUUUCUGUCAAUGGUGUUGUUAGUGAGCCUAUCAAGCCUACUAGGGGUUUACGUCAAGGGGAUCCUUUGUCACCUUAUUUGUUCAUUCUUUGUUCCGAGGGUCUUUCUGCUAUUCUUAGCAAUUAUCAGCGUCGAGGCCUCCUCAGGGGCCUUGCAAUUGCUAGGAAUGCCCCUUCUAUUUCUUAUCUUUUAUUUGCAGAUGAUAGCAUACUUUUUUGUUCUGCUGAUUCCACUUCUUGUGCUGCCCUUAAUCAAGCCCUUACUCUUUACUCCAAAGCUUCUGGGCAAAUGAUAAUUUUGAUUGAAUCUCCAACAUUAUUCAUUCCUGGCAUCACAAAUGGUUUUCGAGGGCAGGAAAGGAAACACUUAUUAAAGCUGUUCUUCAAGCCAUUCCUACCUAUGCCAUGUCCUGUUUUAGAUUGCCAACUAAACUUUGUAAGGAAAUUGAGUCCCUUAUUUCAAAAUUCUGGUGGGGUUCCUCGGGGGAUAAUUCGAAAAUUCAUUGGAAAAAUUGGGGAACUGUUUGUCAAUCAAAUCCUUGAGGCAGGCCCUGGUUUUAAUCCUUCUUAUUCCUGGCGUAGUCUCCUCUGGGGGCGUGAUCUAAUGAAGAGAGGGUUAAUUUGGAAAGUUGGUGAUGGCUCAAAUAUUCAUACGAUUCAGGACCAUUGGAUCCCUGGGCUUCGUUAUAAGUUUUAUGCCUCCCCUCCUCCUCCUGACUCAACUCUUUCUUAUUUUCUCUCCCCAUCGGGUGGCUGGAAUUUAGAUAGGCUUAACUAG